CAGCACGGAGCCGCAAGCAGGGGAGGGAUGGCGAGCGCGAAGGUCGCCGCCACCGCCGUUGGGGACGAGCCGUGCCGCUGCCACAUUGUGGCGGUGCCGUUCCCGGGGCGGGGACACGUGAACGCCAUGAUGAACCUGAGUCGGCUCCUCGCGGCCCGCGGCGCCGCGGUCACCUUCGUCGUCACCGAGGAGUGGCUCGGCCUCCUGUCCUCCUCCGCCGCCGCCGCGGCGCCGCCAGGCGUGCGGCUGCGCGCCAUCCCCAACGUCAUCCCCUCGGAGCACGGCCGCGCCGCCGACCACGUGGGCUUCCUCGACGCCGUCGCCGCCAAGAUGGAGGCGCCCUUCGAGCGCCUGCUCGACCGGCUCCGGCUCGAGGAGGAGACAGCGGCCCCGGUCGCGGCGCUCGUGGCCGACUCCUAUGUGCCAUGGGUGGUGGGCGUCGGCGAACGGAGGGGCGUGCCCGUCUGCUUCCUCUUCCCCAUGGCCGCCGUCUUCCUCUCCGCAUACUACAACUUCGACAGCCUACCGUCGUGGCUCAAGGAGCAACAGCCGGACGCCGGUGCCACAUCAGAUAAACCUGAUCAGAAAAUUGGGCACUAUAUCUCGAGCCUGGCUUCAAGUUCAAUAAUGUUAUCUGAUCUCAAGCCUUUAAUUCUCAGUGAGAGAUCAAUGAAGCAUAUCCUUGCAAGUAUGUCAAGCAUCAGAAGAGCACAACACCUCCUAUUCACCACUAUGUAUGAGCUUGAGGCCAGUGUCAUCGACUCUCUUGAAUCAUUACUCCCCUGCCCAGUGUACCCUAUUGGGCCCUGCAUUCCCUAUAUGACCCUUGAAAACAACCAUACCAAGUCCAAUGGAGAAGCUACUAAACUGAUAGAUUACUUAACAUGGUUGGAUUCUCAACCUGAGAAAUCAGUGCUGUAUGUUUCCCUUGGCAGCUUUGUCUCGGUGUCAUCCUCUCAGCUUGAUGAGAUUGCCUUGGGCCUUACCACAAGUGAGGUCAAAUUCUUGUGGAUUUUUCGUGACCAAUCCACGAAAGUGCGAGAACUUGUUGGUAACUCUAACAGGGGCAUGAUACUUCCAUGGUGUGAUCAGCUGAAGGUUCUGUGCCACCCUUCAGUUGGGGGCUUCCUGACCCAUUGCGGGUUUAACUCGACAAUGGAAGCUGUCUUUGCUGGGGUACCUAUGAUCACACUACCAUUGUUCUUUGAUCAACCGGUUGAUGGCCGGCUAAUUGUGGAAGAGUGGAAGAUUGGAGUGAAGUUGAGGGAUUCGACAGAUAAGGAUCGCCUGAUCAGAAGGGAGGAGAUUGCAACGGCUGUUAAGAGGCUUAUGGCAUCUGAUGAGACCGAGAUCAAAGCGAUAAGGAGGCGUUCUCUAGAGUGGAAAGAGGUUUCUCGUAGAGCAGUCAACAAGGGUGGAUCUUCGCAUCGCAAUCUGACUUCAUUGAUGGAGAUUAUAUGCUCAUCAAAAUGCACCAAAACUGAUUCUUGAACUAAUGUACUCCAUCCAUCCGAAAAUAUAUACAUUUAUGGGAUUCAAGUUUUGUAUCAUAAU